AUGCAAUUCAUUUACGUAUUACCAGGCUGGGAAGGAUCUGCUGCCAAUGGUAGAAUACUAUGUAGUGCAACGCUUCGAGAAAAUGGGUUACAAGUAGCUAAAGGUAACUAUUAUCUUGUUGAUGCCGAAUAUACUAAUGGUGAAGGCUUCCUUACACCAUUUAGAGGUCAAAGAUAUCAUUUGAAUACUUGGUUGAAUGGACAUCGACCAGAAAAGGCUGAAGAAUAUUUUAACAUGAAACACUCAUCGAAAAGGAAUGUCAUAGAACGUUGCUUUGGAGUAUUAAAAAAAGAUGGGCUAUACUUAGAAGUCCAUCAUUCUAUCCCAUUUAGUCACAAAUCACAAACUCAUGGUGAAAGGGGUCCUGGAAAGAAUAAAAGGAAGUUGAAUGAGAUAGAAGAUGCAAAACUUAUUGAAUCUAUGGUUGAUAUACUCAAUUCAGGUUCUCACUUUAAAGUAGAAAGUGGUAUUAAGCCUGGGUUCUUUGGUGUAGUGGAAACUCGACUCGUGGUCUCCCUUCCCAACUCGGGAAUAAAAGCAAAGCCACAUAUAAAAUCACGCAUAAAAACAUUGAAGAGAGAUCGGUCUGUUGUGCAUGAUAUGAUGUCAUGGAACAACACAAAUGGUUUUGGAUGGGAUGACCAAAAUAAUAUGCUUGAAGCUCCUCAAUCUGUUUGGCAAGCUUAUGCUCAGGUACAUAAGAAUGCAUCAAAAUGGAGAGGUAAGAAAUUUCCUCAUUAUUGGGACCUUUGUAUUGUAUUUGGAAAGGAUCGUGCAAAUGGAAGAGAUGCUCAAACAGCUGCUGAUAUUGUAUCUGAGAUAAAUAACAAACAAGAAGAAAAUAUUGAUUACAUGCAAGGAACUUGA